AGUUUCGAGAGCGCAGGCGCAAGUGCAAGCCGGCCUUCCGCGCCACUCUGCACCUGCGCACCCGGUGCAGGCUGCUCAAGGGUCAGAAGCCGUUAUUAAACCCGCUGGAGGGGGCAGGUGGCCGCGGAUAGGCCCGGAGAGAAGCUGCUGGGAGUUUGUGCCCUGACAUGACACAAGUGGGACACUGUGGCCAUGGGGUCUCAGCAUUCUGCCUCUGCUCGCCUUCCCUCCUCCAAGCGAAAGAAAGAUGACAGGGAGGCUUUCCUGGCUGAUCCUGAGCAAGAAGAAGCCAUCGCCCAGUUUCCAUAUGUGGAGUUCACGGGGAGAGAUAGCAUCACCUGUCUCACCUGCCAGGGGACAGGCUACAUCCCAACAGAGCAAGUCAAUGAAUUGGUAGCUUUGAUCCCACACAGUGAUCAGAGGUUGCGCCCUCAGAGAACUAAACAGUAUGUCCUUCUGUCGGUCCUGCUGUGCCUCCUGGCAUCUGGUUUGGUGGUUUUCUUCCUGUUUCCGCAUUCAGUCCUUGUGAACGAUGAUGGCAUCAAGGUGGUGAAAGUCACAUUUAACAAGCGCGACUCCCUUGUCAUCCUCGCCAUCACGGCCACCCUGAAAAUCCGGAACUCCAACUUCUACCCAGUUUCAGUGACCAGCCUGUCCAGCCAGGUUCAGUACAUGAACACAGUGGUUGGCACAUAUAUGACCACGAAUGUCUCCCUCAUUCUGCCGCGAAGCGAGCAGCAGGUGAAUUUUACGGCAAAGGCUGAGAUGGGAGGACCGUAUUCCUAUGUGUACUUCUUCUGCACAGUGCCUCAUAUUCUGGUGCACAACAUAGUGAUCUUCAUGCGAACUUCAGUGAAGAUUUCAUACAUUGGCCUCACGACCCAGAGCUCCUUGGAGACACAUCACUACGUGGACUGUGGCGCAAAUUCUACAACUGUUUAGCACCUGCUCUUGGUUCUCCACAGCUGCACCUGUAGAAGAGAGCCCAGCAUCUGUUUCCAGGCCCAGAGUUCCCCCGCUGACCCCAGGUUGUUAAAGCAGAGGAGGAAUUGGCUCUGUUAGCCCCCAACAAACACCUUCCUACCACUUAGGAAAACAAUCCCUACAGCACCGUGUGUUUCCCAGAGCCAGCAGAAUCACUGCCCAGUGCCUACCCUGUGCCCAGCAAAUAUUUGGCAUGUGAUAUGGGUUUGAAGAACUUAAUUCAGCGGUUCUUAAGGCCUGAUAAGGUUAACCCAUACCAUGGGUCUAAGUUAUCAUAGAACAAUGUAGAGAUAGCACUGUUCGUGCAGCUGCAGCUGUCAGUGCCUCAUGGGCGCAGAAGUGGCAGCAGGGAGGGAUCCCAGGAACCCCUAAAAGCACAGACCCACUUGACAUGUAUUUGUUUCAUCUGUUCCCAGACGUCUUAAGAGCUUUUAAAAAAAGACAAGGAUUUUUUUUUUUUUUUUGGUGGUGAUGGUGGGGAGCCCUGUAGAAAAUUACAGUUGUUUCUACCAAGAAUCUUUGUGAGUCUUGAUUUACCCUUCUCCAUUGGCUGGAACAUGGAUUAGGGAUUUCAUAGAAAAAUAAAUAAAUCCUGCUUUUGA